AUGGCAGCUCUCAGGCCUCUGAAAAGGCCCAAGAUCGUCAAGAAGAGGGUGAAGAAGUUCAUCAGACAUCAGUCAGACCGUUAUGUCAAAGUCAAGGUACGGUUCAGACCACAAUAACCUUAAUUAGAGCAACGGUAUUUCAAUCCUUGGCACGUGGAUGUGUUAAACCAGGGUCGUAUUCAUUAGGGCGCACGGAAAACAAGUGUUUCUUCUUGGACAAGUUCAUGUACUGUACUCCCUUCAGUAUUCACGAACGGGUCUUUUUCCAAUCAGAUAAUCUCUUGCCAAUAAUUGGGUAAAAGAUCAGAAUAGUGCUGUCUGUGUAAACGCAGCCUUGGUAACCAUGGCUAGUGUAUUUACAGGAUACUGCCUUACUCUUUCUCAACUAUCUUCUCCUUUGUAGCAAAACUGGCGUAAACCCCGUGGUAUCGACAACAGGGUGCGGCGGCGCUUCAAGGGCCAGAUGCUGAUGCCCAACAUCGGCUACGGUAGCAACAAGAAGACCAAACACAUGCUGCCCUCCGGCUUCAGGAAGUUCCUGGUACACAACAUCAGAGAGCUGGAGGUCCUCAUGAUGAGCAACAAGUAAGAUCCGAACCACAGAUGUCUGUUCCGUGAGGUGUGUUAGGUUCUGAACAAACAAGAGUUAAAAACUCACAGAUGACUAGAAAAAGCUCAAACCAAGUUUAUUCACCCCACUGGGUCAUACAGCUGUCUUUAUACCUUCCAACUAGGCGGAGUCACCUCCUUGCAUGUCUUAAGAUAACCAAUCCAUCUGUGGCGUUAUAAGCAGAACCACAGUAGGUGCCUCUUACUGGUAUUGUCAUGGCCCUGCCUAACUCUAGGACCCUCAUGGGAGUGAGUAUGUAUUUGUGAGAUGUUCUUCGACGUGGCCCCCCCCCCCCUUCUAGCAGUAUCUUCUCUCCAACUGUUGACCUCGAGUUGAGUUCCACAUCCCUCAUGGUCCCGGUUCCGCAGCCACUGGCUUGCCUUAUCGAAAUGGAAUCAACCCUAACCCUGAUGACAGUUGUUUCCAGAGAAAUCACAUUUUUUGCCCUCAUGUCUAUUACUAUUACAUUUAUGUCCCCUUGACCUCCACAGGACCCAUGCUGCAGAGAUAGCCCACAAUGUGUCGUCAAAGAACAGGAAGUUGAUCGUGGAGAGGGCAGCUCAGCUUGCUAUCAAGAUCACCAACCCCAACGCCAGGCUACGCAGCGAGGAACACGAGUGA